AUGAUGCUUAUAAUCAUUGCCUCUUUCAAUGAUUAAAAGCUCUUUUGAUUCCGAGCUUUUGCACAUCAUCGAUAUCAUCACUCACUCGCUUCUCCUACUUAUAAAUUCACGUUCAAGAACUUGAAAAAUCAGAAACUUAAAUUUGAAGACUAAGUCAAAUCCGAAACCAAAGAAAAAAGAAAAGAAGAAGGUAAAAAAAAAACAUGGUAAGAAGAAACGCAGUCCAUGCCAUUUCAAGUCUUCCUUCGAGGGUCUGGUGGCCACAGCAAAGGAGGAAAGGAAAACGAGCCGUGGUGCGGUUAGGCAACCGAAGAAGAGGGUUCUUGGUUGGAUCACCGAGGAUAGUGGUGCAGAGAUGGAGGGCGAACAUCGUAGGAAAGCCAAUGAAGUUAAUGAGAAAUAUCAUUUUGGGGAUAAUCUCAAACGGUGGAAACGUCAAGAUCUUGAAUGCUUAUCUUUGGUCUUUACCACUUUUACGUCCUCAGUUGUUUCCACUAUGUUGAUUUUGUAACUUGUGAAAAUGUAAUAUUUAUCUUAUUCUUAUUAUUUUUGUGUGUGUGUGUGAAUCUCCAAAUA